AGCGCCUGCUCUACCGGCAAAAAUAAAAGUGGAGCCCAUCGGACUCGGAAUCAAGAACAUCAUCGAAGUCGCGCUCCAUCCAUCUUUCGCCGUUGACAUCUAAAUCGCUCAUCAUGAUACUACGAUCGCGAACCAUAGCACCUGCUCUCCAACUCGCGACACGAAACUAUGCGACGAAGCACGAACCCCGUCAAGUCCUCAACGCAGAAGUCAUAGCCCGACUUCAGCAACAGGAGCAAGCUAUCGCAAACCGACAACGAAACCUGCCACCGCCUGGGUCGGACAAAUACUUCUACUUGACGGCGAUUGGACUUAUUCUAGCGACUCCGCCGAUUAUCUACUACUGGUGGCAGCAUCGGGCAGAGCAUAUGGGAAAGAAGAAAGAGGAUAUGCUUAAGCAGAUUGAGAUUAAGCGCAAGGAGUUCUUGGAGAGUCAACGAUGAGGAGUAUGGCUUCUGCUGGAACAUAUGUGCAACGAGGAUGGGGUCUAAAACGUCGCUGAGACGGUUAUCAGGGGAGAGGUCGAUGCGCAGGCGUGCGGCAAGUGGCAUGGACAUGAUAGGAAGUCCGCUGCAAGAGCAGCAUGUCUGCAACGCUCUCCAGCCACAUCGCCUAUGCUCGCCUGAAGAAGCGGUUAAGUGGGCUUUAGUACACCUCACAAGCCACAGACGCUGAGGGAACGAGGCGAGAUGAGAUGUUCCUCUACCACGAAGAUGAGACGGCGGGGCGGACACGAUCUCAUUGCCAGGCUUCUACUGUCGGCCAGAGACUGCGACUUCGUAGAUUGGCCCUUGCUGGUAGGAUCCCAUGCAUUAGUAGUAUGAGACACGGCAGAGGUGCAAGCGGGCGGUAUCAACUCAAAGGCGGAGGCCAGCUCCAUUCAUGAGAUAACCACGCCACGGAAGUGACAGGGCCAUGUCCUCGGUUGUGUGGGACUUACUCGCACAUUGACACCCGAAGCGAGACGCAUCGGACAU